AUGCUCAAGAGUACAAAAGAGGAGGAAGGAGAAGAAGAAGACGAGGACGAGGACGAGGACGAUGACGACGAAAGAAGAAGAUGGAUGAGGCCAAGUGAGGAGGGGAGAAGUGGGGGACCAGCGGACCGGGAGAAGAUUGGGAUGCACGGAUUACUUAUAGCAUCGAGCAACCAGGCUGAUGGGACAGCAAGAGGCCGGAAGAUCCGCAGGGAAUUAUUGGAAAGCCUCUGGGGCCGGUCGAUCAGUAUCAAGUCGGGUCAGCUCAACUCAGAUCAGGCCGAAUCAGGUUCAGUCCGAGUCAGUCAGUCACUCAGUCAGUCAGUCAUGCCUUUUUGUCGCUUCUCCCCCAGUGGGCACCGGACAGCCCAAGAGACAGGCUGA